GGAGAUUAGGGGAAGAACAAGGAGAGAGGAGCACGAGAAGGCGAAGAUAGACGGUUAUGAAGCUGUGUAUGGUAAUGGAAACGAUGCUGAACUGGCCACAUGCAAGCUAGCAGCAUCUGCUCGAUGUACGAGUGGAAAUGCGAGAUGAGCGUGAUGCAUGUGAACGCGCACGUCGCCCACUCGCAUGCAUAGAUAGAUUUGUGCAUGCCGAUGGGAUCUGCUAGGAUGUGACCAUUGUGGUGUGGCCGCCAGACGUGCAUCGGGCAUGUAUGGCGAGAUAGAGAAGGAUAUUGCAUUGCAAUUAUACACCGCACUCGCAGGCUCCGAAAACCACUGCCCUCAGUUGUCCCAUAAGCAUGAUGCCAACUCCAGUUCUCCCUCGCCCCCGCCUCCUCCUCCUAGCCCAUCACUCAUCACAGAGGAGCCCACGUUACCACCAGCUUCCGUGCUAGUUCUCGAUGACCUGCGAUGUAAUGUCGAAGGUGUGAGGAUGAUGCCCUACUGGGAUUCAUGGAAGAGCUGGAUAGCACUGCGAUGGCGAGCGUAGUGUGAGGGUCAUGGUUGAUGCGAUGUUCACAAGGCAGUGAUUUGGUUGUUACUGGAGUGAGAGUCGCAGGAAGAUGAGCCUCCGCUGGCCUUUGAAGAGGUUGAAGACCCGGAGAAGCGAGCGAAACGUUCAACUUGG